ACAUGGUGUUCGGACAAGCUCAUUUUAUUUCCUGACAGUACCACGUAGCCUCCAUCGCAUCGGUCUGAUUGGCACCGUUGCAGCACAGUUUGUGUAUCUUAUCAUUUUCUGAAACAGAACUUUACACCGAAAAAUAUUACCUGCUGUGUUUACGCUCCUUACACUUGGCAGGUAGGUGUAUCCGUACAGGAACAUUGGGAAGCCACGUGUACAGGAACUAGUAACACGGCAAACGACAGUUUGCGUUUCUGGUUCAGUCUGUUAGGCUAAUGCUAGCAACAUAGCCUUUAUUUAUUUUUUAUUGGAACUAUUUAGUGCUGUGUUCAGGGUUUUUGUCGUUGGAGUGUAAAGUUAGCAGGAAAGCAGUGGCGAUGUCUGUGUGGCGGAGAGCUUGGUGCGGGCAGCUUUUGGCUGUGUCCAUCGCCCUUGUUACCCUGCUCCAUACCAUGGGUGUCAAUGCACGACCAGCAGUCAAUAUAUCAGCAUUGAAAGACAAGAACCCCACCAUCAAAGACGACAACGAGAUUCUGCCCCCAGACCAUCUGAAUGGAGUUAAGCUAGAGAUGGACGGCCACCUGAACAAGGACUUCCACCAGGAAGUGUUCCUUGGAAAAGAGAUGGAGGAGUUCGAGGAGGACUCAGAGCCGAGGAAGAACAGGAUGAAGCUGAUGGAUAUCUUCACUAAGGUGGACUUUAACAAAGACAACAGUGUCAGCGCCAAGGAGAUGCAGCGCUGGAUCAUGGAGAAGACAGAGGAGCACUUCCAGGAGGCUGUGAGGGAGAACAAGUUGAGCUUCCGUGCUGUCGACCCAGAUGGAGACGGUCAUGUGACGUGGGACGAAUACCGGGUCAAAUUCUUGGCCAGCAAAGGAUUUAACGAAAAGGAAAUGGCAGAAAAAAUUAAGAAUAACGAAGAUCUGAAGGUGGAUGAGGAAACUCAGGAGGUUCUGGAGAGCCUGAAGGAUCGCUGGUUCCAGGCUGACAACCCACCAGCAGACCAGCUGCUCAACGAGGACGAGUUCCUGUCCUUCCUGCACCCCGAGCACAGCCGAGGCAUGCUCAAAUACAUGGUCAAAGAGAUUGUACGAGACCUGGACCAGGAUGGUAAUAAGCAGCUGACACUGUCAGAGUUCAUCUCUUUGCCCAUGGGCACUGUGGAGAACCAGCAGGCUCAGGACAUUGAUGAUGACUGGGUCAAGGAGAGGAAGAAGGAGUUUGAAGACGUCAUCGAUGCUAAUCAUGAUGGCAUCGUUACCAUGGAGGAACUUGAGGAGUACAUGGACCCCAUGAACGAGUUCAAUGCGCUGAAUGAGGCCAAGCAGAUGAUUGCUGUGGCUGAUGAGAACCAGAAUCACAACCUGGAGCUGGAUGAGAUCCUCAAAUACAGUGAAUACUUCACUGGCAGCAAGCUCAUGGACUAUGCCCGCAAUGUACACGAGGAGUUCUGAAGACAAAAGAUCCUAUAGAAUCCCCUUCCCUGUCCCCUUGUCCAACUGACAGGCAGGGGGAAUUCCUCCCAAGACUCGCCUGUCUUACUGAAUGGAAAAUCUCAAGUGUUGGGAUGUGCUAGUGUGCAAUUCUGUGUUUCUAAAGCCUUGUUCCCCAUGCCUCCCCCUCCACUGACUCUAAGGAUAAAACGUUUCUCAUCUCCAGACUGUCAGUUAACCAUUGCCAUGGUCUGCCUUCUGUCUGCAGUCGGAUUGCCUCUUACGGAUAAUGGUCUGUUGGGAAUUUGGUGCAUUCAAGACUCUGCGUCACCUUCAUAAUUCAUUUGUGUUAAUAUAUUGUGAACUGUAUGUAUAUGAGGAAUUGGAAACAGAUACAAUUAUUUCCCCCACUAAUGCAGUAGCUCAUGGAUAUGACUUGCACAGCUAUUUUUUUGUGUUGUAGAAACUCAGUGAAAACAUCCAGUGACGUUUGUGUAACUGCAAAAAAAAGCAAUGUACAUACCUUAGUGUAUCGAAUUUAUCUUCUCAACUUUUAAUGUGGGUCAAAUGGGGUCACAAAAUGUAUGCUGCUGAAAUGAAACAAAAAGUGAUGCAAUUACAGGCAUAUACACAGAGUAUACAACCGAAGCACAAUUCUUUUGAAACCACUCUAAAGCCUCAUUCUUUGGGAAUUAUUUCCCUUUUGUGUUAUUGUAAAGUUGCUGUGGCAUGGCCUUACGGAUGUUCUGGUUCUCUUAUCCGUCCUGCUCUUAGUGUCUACCGAGGAUAGUCCAGCGCAUCAUCAUGUAGGGGAGAAUCACAUCCAGUAAGGGGGUUUCACCUUUCUGCAAAAUGCAUUUGCUAGUCCAAUUUAAAUAUUUAAGGACACCUAAUAUAUUUUGGACCGUGCAUUGAAGAAUAUACACAAUUAAGCUAAAUCAGUACUGCAUUGUUUUCAAUUCCAACAAUAAACACGUUUUGUUGAA